CUUGGCUGCCUGCUCUAAUCAGACCUCAAUCAACCUGACAACAUUCCAAUUGCUCUUCUCCGGAGCCAUGUCAGAAGAGCAGGCUCUACUACGCCCUGGGGCCGAGCAUAUCGAACCAGAAGCCAGCUCGGCUGUUAUCCUCAGCUUCGAACCCAACAGCCCCGGAAACCCCAGGAACUGGCCCGAUGCGUUCAAAUGGCGCAUCGUGCUGAUGCUGGCCUGCAUGGCGUUUGCAGUGACCUUUACGUGCAUCUCCAUCGUCCCAAUUGCCAACCAGAUCGUGGCAGACCUCGACAACGGCCAGCCAAGCUCUGUCGGCAGCGCCCUGCUUGUGACCAUCUGGGAGUUCGGUGAAGCCGCCGGGCCACUGCUCAUCGCGCCGCUCUCCGAAGUCUUCGGCCGCUACCCGGUGAUGAACGUGGCCAACAUCAUCUUCAUCGCUGCCACCGUCUCAGCCGCCCUCAGCCAGAGCACGCCGCUCUUCAUCGCCUGCCGCGCCCUCACCGGCCUCGCCGUGGCCGUCAACGUGCUGAACCCCGCCAUCAUCGGCGACAUUUUCGCCCCGGACCAGCGCGGCUCGGCCAUGAGCCUGAUUAUGUGCGCGCCGCUGAUCGGCGGUGCGAUUGGCCCGGCAGUUAGCGGACUCAUCGCGGAGCGGGUGGGAUGGAGAGCUGUUGUGCUCAUCGGCGCUGCGUUGGCGGUGGCGUGCGAAGUCGUUUUCCUGACGUGCUUCCGCGAGACGUACAAACUAACCAUCUUGAGGCGGAGGGCCCAGAAAUUGGGCAAGGGCUCUGCGAAGCGUGGGCCUGGGUUCAAGAUGGUGCUGGACUCGGUUUCGAGACCCUUUGCAGUUCUAUUUGGCUCGGGUGUCCUGUCGGCUCUGUCGCUAUUUGGUUCUGUUUCUUUUUCCUACUUUUACGUCUUGUCCGUCAGUUUGCCGAGCAUCCUCCAGGACAUCUAUCAUUUCACCCCUGGUGAAACAGGGUCCGCCUUCGUUGCUCUCACUAACUCGCUUAUCGGUAUUGGGUCUUUCGUUGCGAUUGCCAUCUGCCACACGACUAUUGAUAAAAUCAGCAUGAAGCUUCGCGGGUCACCCAAUAACCCCAAUCUGCCCGAGUAUCGUCUUCCCCUUGCCAUCGCCGCCGGGCUCGCAAUGCCUUUUGUCAUGGUGGCGUAUGGCUUCAUCGCACAGUACCGACUCCCUGUGUGGAUUCUGUUGACGGCGGCGGCAUUGCUUGACGGAACGACGCUGCUGAUUUUGAUUCCAUUGUCGUCAUACGUGGUAGAUGCUGGCGGUGUUUACUCGGCAUCGGCUAUGACGGGACUCAUUGUCACAAGAUGCCUCAUGGGCACAUUCCUACCUCUGACUACCGGGCCACUGGUUGAAGCUCUCGGCUAUGGCUGGGGGAUCUCGAUUUUCGGGGCCUUUAGCCUCCUCCUGGCUCCGAUUCCCAUGCUGAUUAUGCGGUACGGCGAGAAAUGGCGGCAACGAUCAGAGUAUACACGUGAGUCGGAGAAUGAGUAA